AUGGAGACGCCUCAAGCUCACGUUACCGCGUUGCCGCCGGUGCCCGAACCAUAUGCCAACGAAACGACGCCUUUACUCCCCGAAACCCAGUAUACAGCCGUACCUCCUCGACCAGAAUACGCCAAAUGGCUAGGCGAAACGUGGUUUCUAACAAAGGCAUCGAUACCCAUCAUUCUCGCCUACAUGCUCCAAAACAGUCUGCAGACAACGUCCAUUCUGGUAGCAGGCCGUCUCUCCUCCGAAGCCCUGGCCGUCUCUGCCUUCUCCUACAUGUUCGCCAUGGCGACAGCGUGGCUCGUCGCCCUCGGCGGCACCAGCGCCCUGGACACGCUGGCCGCCAGCAGCUUCACAGCCUCCAAGGACAAGCGCAAUCUCGGGAUUCUCUUGCAAAGAGGGCUGUUGGUCUUGACCGCCUUCUACGCCGUCAUCGUCCUCUUGUGGUGCUUUUCUGAGCCUCUUUUUAGGAUGCUGGGGCAGCCGGAGCACAUUUGCACGCAGAGUUCGCGCUUUCUCCGGCUGCUCGCUCCAGGAGGCCUCGGGUACGUCUGGUUCGAGGCGACCAAGAAAUUCCUACAGGCGCAGGGAAUAUAUCGCCCUGGAACGUACGCCCUGCUCGUUGCGUCUCCGGUCAAUCUCGUCCUUAAUUACCUCUUGAUUCACAAAUUUGGCUUUGGCCUGUACGGCGCUCCCAUAGCCACCGGCAUAUCAUACUGGCUUUCUUUUUGCCUUUUGGUAGCCUAUGCGGCGUUUGUCAAGGGCAGCGAGUGCUGGGGUGGGAUUCAACUCAAGAGGGCUAUGGCCAACUCGCUGCCCUUUGCUAAGCUUGCCCUUCUGGGUUUCGUCCACGUCGGAACCGAGUGGUGGGCGUUUGAGAUUGUUGCUCUGGCCGCGGGCCGCCUUGGUACGACUUCGCUUGCCGCCCAGUCUGUCGUCAUGACUGCCGACCAGAUUAUCAACACGAUCCCGUUUGGUCUGGGCGUGGCAGAGUCGGCACGCUUGGCGAAUCUUCUGGGGGCCCGAGACCCCGUGGCGGCCAGGCGGUCUGCCCAUUGUGCCGCUGGCCUCUCCGUCUUGUUUGGCUCCGCCAUUCUCAGUAUUCUGUUGGCAACAAGAUAUUCGAUCGGGGGGCUGUUCAACAGUGACGAGCGCGUCAUUGGCCUUGUUGCGCAUAUUAUUCCCUACGUGGCCUUGUUCCAGAUCGCGGAUGGGUUGAACGGCAGUUGCGGCGGAGCGCUGAGAGGCAUGGGACGUCAAUGGGUUGGAGCUCUUGUCAACUGCGUAAGCUACUAUGGGGGCGCCCUUCCUGCUGGCAUCUAUCUCGCCUUUCAUGGAUGGGGGUUGGCCGGUCUCUGGGUAGGACAAUGUGUGGCCUUGUCUCUCGUGGGCAUCUUGGAGUGGAUUAUAGUGGGCUUGAGCAACUGGGACCACGAGGUGCAAAAGGCCGCUGGUCGAUUGGGCGAGGAUAACCAGGAGCACAAUUUGCCUAGAUAG